CUUCCGGCUCAGCAGCGUGGAGAACUCUGGGAAAUUGAGUCCAACGUGCUUAAUAAUUCAAGCCCCUCAUUGUUUCUUCGCCGCCGCUCACAAGAUGCCGGCCGUACACCACAAAUUACUCCUGGAGGACGCUUUGGAGGACAGUCCCCAGACUCGUUCCUUGCUCAGUGUGUUUGAGGAGGAUGCGGCAAACCUCACUGACUACACCAAUCAGCUACUGCAGUCCAUGCAGCGUGUGUUCGGCGCUCAGAGUGAGAUGGGUUUGGCCACAGAGCAGCUCUCACGGCAGCUUCUUGCCUAUGAGAAGAAAAAUUUUGCCCUUGGGAAAGGUGAUGAAGAAGUCGUCUCCACACUGCAGAACUUUGCCAAAACAGUGGAGGAGCUGAACUCGCUGCACUUGGAGCUCGCCAACCAGAUGGCGGACACCAUGGUCUUUCCCUUGAUCCAGUUCAGAGAAAAGGACCUUACGGAGAUAAGCACGCUGAAGGAAAUAUAUGGCAUCGCCAACGAUGAGCACGAGGCGGCCAUGGUCAAGUACAGCCGAUUACCCAAAAAGAGGGAGAAUGAGAAGCUGAAGGCAGACCUGGUUAAAGAAGUGGCGUACACUCGCAGGAAGCAGCAUCAGGCCUCGCUGCAGUAUUACUGCGCCCUCAAUGCCCUGCAGUACCGCAAGAGGGUGGCCAUGUUGGAACCCAUGCUGGGCUACACACAAGCACAGGUCAUAUUUUUCAAGAAAGGCCUUGAGUUGGUGUCAAAGAAGUUGGACAACUUUCUCUCCUCUGUGUCCAAUAUGACGCAAAACAUCCAGGCUCAACUGGAUGUGGAGGCCGAGACCAUGCGCGUGUCCCAGAAGGAGCUCCUGUCCGUGGACGACUCGGUCUACAUGCUCGACAACGACACCGAGCCCGUCAAUCGCACGCUAAUCCAAAAGGCUGGCUUCCUCAACAUCAGGAAUAAAACCGGCCUGGUGACCACAGCGUGGGACCGCCUGUACUUCUUCACUCAGGGGGGCAACCUCAUGUGCCAGCCCCGGGGGGCUGUGGCAGGGGGCAUGGUGCUGGACCUGGACAACAGCUCCGUGAUGGCCAUCGAGUGCGAAGACAGGCACUACUGUUUCCAAAUAACCUCCCCUUCUGGAAAAACGUCAAUGAUUCUACAAGCGGAGAGCAAGAAGGAAUAUGAAGAAUGGAUUUGCACCGUGAACAACAUUUCCAGACAGAUCUACCUGACUGACAACCCAGAGGCUGUGGCCAUACGACUGAAUCAAACCGCCAUCCAGGCUGUCACCCCCGUCACAAGCUUCGAGAAGAGGCAGGAAGGCUCACCCGACCCUGACAGAGCCAAGCCAGGAGGCGUUUACUCCACCAGCGCCGCAUCUCAGAAGUCAGGAUCCGGUCCGGAGUCGGAAGACCUGAUUGCCCCUGGGACGCCCAUCCAGUUUGACAUCGUGCUGCCGGCCUCUGAAUUUCAGGACCAAAACAGAGUGGAUGGGAGGCGCACAAAUCCAUUUGGAGAAACGGAUGACGACUGUUCCCAUGAAAGCGACGACUCCCUCUUGCAGCAGGUGUUUGCCGUGCGCUUUCUGGGCUCCAUGGCGGUGCGCUGCGGUGACAACCAGGAGGUGAUCUACGAGGCCAUGAGGCAGGUGCUGGCCGCCCGGGCCAUCCACAACAUCUUCAGGACUACAGAGUCGCAUCUGAUGGUGACCAGCAGCAGCCUCAGGCUGAUCGACCCUCAGACUCAAGUGACAAGAAUAAGUUUCCAGCUGGGGGAGGUGUGUCAGUUUGCGGCCCACCAGGAGAACAGCAGGCUGAUGGGCCUGGUGGUGGAGGGCCGUGACUGGAGCGGCAGCGGCAGCGGAGAUGACGACGAAGGGGGCGAGCCCAUCUUUAGCGCCUUUGUCUUUGAGAGCAACACUGAGGGAGAGAAGAUAUGCUACACCAUGAGUUUGGCCAAGGAUAUUACAGAGGCAAAGAAGGACCCGGCAGCUCUGGCCCAACUCAUGAAGACCAUGCCGCUCACCAACGAUGGCAAAUUCCUGUUGCUGGACGCCGAAUGCAGCGACACGGCGGACGGGGAUGGACUCGAAGACCUGGAGUCUGAAGCCUAGUCCUAACAAAACAAAACAAAACAAAAAAAAACAACUGGGCUGGACUUUUCUCCCCAAGGUGUUUUUCCAUUUCUGGAACCUCAAUAUGGUACAUUCCAAGUGUCAACUUUUUGACAUGCCUCUUUAUUGGUUUUGCAUGAGCGUACAAUUACCCCAGUUGGCUUGGAGUCCGCUUCGGUAAAAGCUGGAAUGUUCUGGUUGGGUCCAAUUUGAACUGGAAUUUGUCGCCGUGGUUCUCAAACGUUUUGCGGCAAGUCUUCAUCAAAAACGAUUAAAUGCUAAUGUACUGGAGUUUAAAGAUAAAUACAACUGGAACUGUACUUACAAACUGUACCGCACCGGAUUCCAAAAGGGUUUGAGCCACUAUAACACAGUUUGAACAUUUCAUUUAGUGAUUCUUCGCAUACCACUAGAGGGAGCCGGCGUACCACUAUGCAUACCACACUUUCAGAAUCACUGUUCUAAGCCAAUGAAAAAGCAUCGCUGACUUGCACCAAUGGCAUCAUCUGGAUUUUAUUUCUAGCAAGUCACGUUUGUAGCCGACUUACUGUCAAAUUUAACUUGAGUACAUACAAACGUAUUUCCUCAAAUAGUCACUUCUGUUCGAGUCGACGCCCCGCCCCAAUUAAAAUCUCAGUUUAUUCUUUCAAGGAAUUACAAAAAACGUAAUAUGUAAAGUUGAAGGCCCUAAUAAAGUAUGGAAUAACAUUUAAUAGCUGUCCAGACAAAAAUAAAAUCUGUAUAUUUUUUAUUUGUAAAAAAAAAAAAAAAAAAAAUCCUCAUCAUAUUUCAUUGGGUUAAUAGCACAGUUGCAGAAGUCAUAUUUGGACGUUUUCAAAAAACAAUUAAAAGCACAAUUUUUUUUCUUCUUUUCUCACGUCACAGCCUUAUUAUCACAAAACACUACUUCUUUAUGAUCAAACAUCCCACUUUUUUUCUCAUAUUGUCACAUUUGUUUCUGUUAUUAUUAAGACUUUAUUCUUAUAAAAUUGCCACUUUUUCAGUAUAAAAACCCGAAAUGUGUUUUUCACAACACAACUUUUUUCUCAAAUCGUUAGCCUAAUAGAAUAAUUAUUUUAAACUUAUUGUUACUAAAUCAACAAAAAAAUACCAAUGUGCUUGCUAAAAAUGUUUUUUUAUUUUUCUUUUUAUCGGAAAACAUUUAAAUAUGACAGGCAACUAUGCUAUUCUGCUAACAAUAUUUUUAUCUCGUAAAAAGAAUUUCGUCUUGGAACAUUACUAUUCUAUCAACAACCCCUUUAUAAUUUUUUUAUACUCUUGUAUUACUUUUUUUGCUGACUGAUUGUCAUAAAAGAUAACAUGCUGAAUGAUGUUCCGUAAAUUAAAAUUUUGACGAAAUGUCAAAAAAAAAGAAAAUCUUGGCUAACGACAAAAUUACCACAUUGCUCUGACAACAUUACAAUUCACUUAUUAUUGUGACUUUAUUCUUAACAAAUUACAACUUUACUCUCAUAAUAUUACAACUUAUUUCAUAAUAGAAAACUUUGUUUAUUAUUCGUAUUCUUUUUGUUGCAACAUUAAUCUCGUAAAAUGACAAGCAACAAAAAGUUUUGGACAAAGAAAGCAUGCUUUUUAUUCAUGAUGAACAUAUUCGUUCUAAUGCAAAAUUGGAAUUUGUUGCUAAAUAUUCAUCUCAUAUGCAGGUGUAGAAAUGAAAGCCUCCAUUUCUGCAGUUGAGUAACUAACCACCCCCUGCGGUGACGACAUGAGGAAACAUAGUCGCUCUGUUUUUUGGGGGGGUUUAUUUGCAGAUACGAAGCUGCAUUAUUGCCACCCAGUGGACGGGAGACGCUUUGCACUCCUUCAGGAUCAGCUGCUGUGCACCCCUAGUGGUACCAUUUGGUAUAGCACUCCAUCGAAACUGAUGAAUUCAUUAUAUCUUAACUUGAUAACUAAAGGUGGCCAGCCCUUUGCGUAGCUUUACAUCUAUUUGUACUUAUUACUUAUAUUAUUUGUUGCUUAUGCGUGUACAUUUUACUACAGUGGUAUAUUAUUUCUUGCUUAUGUCUACAUUUUACUACAGUGGUACUUUGACUUUCGAGUUUCAUUCCGUGACCGGAUACCCGCAUAAUCGCGCUUCGGCACGCGCGGAUUCAUCGAUUCUUCUAUUUUUGAAGUUUUUUCCCGUUUUUGUUUUUAUUUUUUUAUUUUUAGGGGAAAACCAACCCCGAAAACCCUUAGUGGCAAUUUAUUCUUGCUUAGUGAAGAUUUUUGGUGGGUUAAAACAAACAAAAAAAUGUAGCAUUUUCCAAAUGCAAUUAUAAUUGCCGUCAAUUAUCCGCGUAGUUUCACUAUUCACGGUUCGGCACGGUCCACGCUUCCGGCACAUUUGAGAUUUCAAAGAUUCCAUACUUGUUCCAGACCCUAAUUUCCAGACUUCUUAGUAAAGAAUUCAAAUAAUUUGUGAGAUUUGAGUAAAUAGAUGUGUAACAUUCUGAUUGGCAUUAUGUUGCCAAAUAAUUUCCAGAAGGUUAUAGCUAGGUAAUGGAGCUCAUCAUGACUCACACCUGCUGCCUCCCCCAUGUUGGAGUUGUCAAACCAUUUCACAUAAAGCCUGCAUUUAGUUCACGGUUUUGAAACACUAAUUUAAAAACCCAACGCUGUGUUGAUACCCUACUUUGAAAACCUAACCCUGUUUUGAAACUGUAAUUUGAAACCCUAACCUUGUUUCGAAAUACUAAUUUGAAACCCUGACCCUGAUUUGAAACCCUACUUUGAAACCCUAACUCUGUUUUAAUACCCUAAUUUGAAACCUGAAUGCUGAUUUGAAGCCCUAACUCUGAUUUAAAACCCUACUUUGAAACCCAAACUCUGGUUUGAAAGCCUAACCCUGGUUUGAAAGCCUAAUUCUAAACCGUAACCCUGAUUUGAAACCCUAACCAUGUUUUGAAACACUAAUUUAAAGCCCUAACCCUGAUUUGAAAACUUAAUUUGAAACUCUGUUUGUAAACCCAGCAUGUGGACGUAAAGGGGGAAGGGUGCGCGUGACAGAGGACGCUAAAGACACGCCCCCAGUAGGUAUAUAGCGCCGGUAUGUGCAUUGUGCAAAACAACAUCGGUUUGGCUAAGGACCCCCGAAAAUGGCACCUACGAAGAGACACGCUUACGAAGCACAGUUUAAACUGCAAGCUGUCAGUUACGCGGAGGAACAUGGGAAUCGAGCAGCCGCGAGAAAAUUCAAGAUCAACGAAUCCAUGGUUCGCAAGUGGAGGAAGCAGGAAAACGAGCUUCGCCAUGUCAAGAAGACGAAGCUGAGUUUCCACGGAAACAAGGCGAGGGGGCCCGAGUUGGAAGACCAACUCGAGCAAUGGAUUAAUGAGCAAAGAACAGCCGAUAGAAGCGUCUCUGCAGUCACCAUUCUACUGAGUGCAAUAACGCUUGCAGAAGAAAUGAAAAUCGAACAUUUUCAAGGUCCGUCUUGGUGCUUUCGUUUUAUGAAACGGCGCCAUCGAUCUAUCCGGGCAAGGACUACCGUGGCGCAGCAACCUCCGGCGGAUUACAAGGAAAAACUGGCCAUCUUCCGCUCCUACUGCAGUAAAAAGAUUGCCGACAAACACAUCCAGCCCAACCACAUCACCAACAUGGACGAGGUGCCGCUCACUUUCGACAUCCACACUGUAGAGAAGAAGAGGACCAGCACGGUAGCGAUACGCACAACGGGGCACUAGAAGUCGGCUUUUACUGUUGUGCUUGGUUGCCAUGGUAAUGGACAGAAACUGCCACCUAUGGCGAUUUUUAAGAGGAAGACGCCGCCUAAAGAAAACUUUCUAGCCGAAGUCAUAAACCCUAAGGCCAAUCAAAAGGGCUGGAUGGACGAGGAGAAAAUGAGAGAGUGGCUGAGUGAGGUGUACGUAAAGAGACUGGAUGGUUUUUUUCCAAGCAUCACCGUCACUGUUGAUCUGUGACUCCAUGCGCGCCCUUCUCACAGCCGCUGUGAAAAACCAAGUGCAACUAAGACCGGGAGGCAACGCCGGCGAGUUACACCACCAUAUGUGAAUGGAUUGUGGAUGCCUGGGCUAAGGUAUCUGCUUUGACUGUUGUCCUAGCUUUCGCGGAAGCCGGCAUCGUUGCUGAACAGCCCCCCCGGCAACGAGACUGACUCUGACAAUGACGAGAGGGAACCUGCCGUGUUUGUUGGAGAACUUGACCAGCUGUUCCUUUCGGAUACAGAAAAUGAGGACUUUGAUGGAUUUGUGGAUGAGGAUUGAUCAUAAAAUAAAAUGAGUACAUUGUUAAAUACUUCAAUAAAGUACAACCGAACAGUUUUGCUCCCGCUGCCUUUUUAAAAACAUUGUUUUAGCGUGCAUGCAUGCUACCGUAUAUUUUAAGCUAGCGUACGUUUUACCAUGCCUGCGCCCAAUAAUACGCUGCGCCUUAUGUAUGUGUUAAAUACAGAAAUAGACCCUGUAACUGAGACUGCGCCUUUUAAUACGGUGCGCCUUAUGGUCGUGAAAAUAUGGUAAUUGAUUGCUUUUUUUCCUCUUCACUCAAGUGGUGGUGAAUUCAAACCUGACUUGUAACUCAAGUUUUUGGUUCGCAUCCCAAUGCCAAAAAAUUGACGAUGGGGCGGCUCGUAACUCCAAAAACUCUUGCACUUUAGGUCAAGGUAUCACUGUACUUAAAAUUCUUUACUCAUGUACAUUUUGCACACGAAAAAAAAGUUUCAUCUGUUGUGUAAAAAUAAAAGAUUGAAGGCUACAGAUUGCACUAAUGAAUUAAUUCAGCAUUCCAUCGUUGCUUAGUUUGACAUGACGGCCGACAGUUAGCGUGCACGAGCCCUGCGGGAAAAUGAAACAUUUAGAUUGUGAUGUAACAUCUUUGUUUGUUUGUUUUUUGUUUUCAUCUAGAACUCUCUUAAACAUGACCUGGAUGUCAGCUCCUGUGUGCUGUUGACAAAUUAAAACCAACAAUGAGCUCCGUAGCAUCAUAGCCUUAUUGCUAUGUUCUUGUGACGUGUUAUUAAUUACUCACCAAUGAUACAAUUUGCAAUUAAAGCAUGUCAUUUUAGAGAUUUGAUGACUUAAUUUAACCAAUGACAAUGCAAAUUAAUUAAAAGUAGAACAUUGUUAAUUUACAAAGUAUGUCAUUCUUAGAACUUUAACAAUGAUACUUUUUUUUUUUUAAGUACUUAGUUCUUAUUUAAUUUUCAGUUAGAACAUGGGAUUUUAAUAUUUUAAGAUGAAUUUAACAAGUAAUCUUAAUUGACAGUUAAAGCAUGGGAUUUUUAGUACUAGUCACUGAUGGUGUAGUAGCACACUCGCCUGACUUUGGUGGAGGCAGCGUGGGUUCAGUUUCCACUCAGUGACGGUGUGAACGUGAGUGUGAACGGUUGUCCGUGUCUAUAUGUGCCAUGCGACGGACUGGCGACCAGUUCAGGGUCCGCCUUUCACCCGAAGUCAGCUGUGAUAGGCUCCAGUACCCCUAACCAGGAUAAGCGAUGUUGAAAAUGGAUGGAUGGAUUUUUAUUACUUUAAUAAUUACGUCAAACAAGGUACUAACAAUUUUACUUAAAUACAGUACUAAUGUAAAUGUUUUUCAAAAUUCUUAAAAAAUAUAUACAUUUUUUUAAAUGAAUAUUAACACAAAAUAAACCCGUCAUGUAAAAAAAUAUUUAGACCUUUUUCAUUUGUAACUAAAGCAUGGAACCAUCAUAUCUUAAUACUUAAAAUGUUUACAUUUACUUUUAAAAAAUGACAAAGAAUAAAUUACUUUUUACCAUUCCAUAAAACAUGCUGAAAUAAAAGCAUGUUGUCUUUACUUAUUUAUUUCUGCAAAUGCUUGAAAACAUCACCAGACACAUGAGGACAUUGUCUGAGGCAUCGCCAUUACAAUAGUUCAAGUGAAUCUAUACAGGUUCUGUAUAUACAGAGCAGAAGGCGGAUGAGCAUGCUCAUGUGAUGUGGGCAUUGUUCCAGUAAAGGUGAUCAAGAGUCUUUGUAGUAGUUGUUGAAGUUAAUGCGCAGGAGGAAGUCUUCCAAAUGGGGCUGGUAGCCUCUGUUCACCAGCUUGGUCACCACUGAACAAAAACAACAACAACCAUUAGUCACUGGCUCUCUAAUGUAAAUCAGGGAAGAGGGGGGGGGUCACCUUUGAAGAGGAAGUGUGAGUAGUACUUGAAGGUGUUGUACGACUGCUGCAUGGCGAUGAAGCUGGGGUGCACCGCCUCACCCUGCUGGCUGGCCCAGGGCAGCGCAAUCAGCUGCGCCCGGAACUUGAGGAUGAGGCUGAAGAUGCUGUGGAUGAUGUUCAUCACUGGAGCGGCCUUCUCCGUCAGCAAAGCCCUGACAGCCAAAGCAAACAAACAAAAAACAUGACCACGCUCGUAACUGAAACCGCAUCCAUUUUCUGAGCUGCUUCUGGAGCCUAUCCCAGCUAUCAUCGGGCAGGAGGCGGGGUACACCCUGAAAUGGUUGCCAGCCAAUCGCAGGGCACAGACAAACAAACAACCAUUCACACCUACGGGCAAUUUAUAGAGUUUUUCAAUUAACCCACCAUGCAUGUUUUUGGGAUGUGGGAGGAAACCGGAGUGCCCGGGGAAAAUGCAAACUCCACACAGGCGGGGCCAGGGAUUGAACCCUGGUCCUCAGAACUGUGAGGCUGACGCUCUAACCAGUCGUCCACCGUGCCGCCACUGAAACCGCACUUAUCGCAAAUUAUUUUUCCCCAUUGGAAUCAAUUGAAAUGUUAUUAAUCUGUUCCAGCCUCCCAAAAAACAUGGUCUUAACAAGAAAAAUAGCACUGUACAGAAUAACACUUUAUAAAAACAUACAGUAGUGACACAAAUAGAAUGCAAAGACUUUGUGCAUCAUGAUUUCAUGCAUCAAUGCCCAUUGAACAUUGUGAUGCUCCUUGUGUUUGUCUUGACCACCAGGGGGCAGUAUCAUUAUAGCAUAAUUAAUACACAAAGAAGAUGCAGUAAUAUUGUUUUUUUGUGUGCAGAGGAUAAACAAUAUAAGCAUGUGAGUAAUGUACACGCUAUCUUAAUGUAUCGCUACCACUUGUGUUGAAAAGUAAGCUGUUUGAAGGUUUGUAAUUACUGCAACAUUGAUGCUAUUGUUAUUAGCCUGUCUAUGGCCUAUUAGCAUUAAGCCAGAAGAUUUUUGUAAGACAAAUGUGUUUUGGUUAAAUACACAAUGUAAUUCUCUAAGUUGAAUGUUUAGUUUGACAGUAAACAACUGAGAAGCAACAAA